UUUUCCCUGCACUUUUUUGACGUGUGCGUUGUGUGUUGGUCGUCAGUAGAAACUUAAAAAGUUGCUCCUAUUAAUUAUUUACUUUAUUUAUGGAGCACCUAGUGACUAGUACAUAAAAUAAUUAAUGGGAAUAUUUCAAUAAUCAAAGUUAGAAGUGUAUUACAACAAUGAGUCGGUUUUUCGCUACUGGUACGGACUCCGAGUCCGAAUCUUCAUCGGAAGAGGAACAAAUUGUACGAGCGCCGGCUCCCGUGUACACGUUCAGCGAUGACGAAGAAGAAACAAAACGUGUCGUGAGGUCCAUGAAAGAAAAGAGGUAUGAGGAAUUAGAAGCCAUCAUUCACUCGCUGCGCAACCAUCGUAAAAUAAAAGAUUUCUCUUCAGCUUUAGCAUCAUUUGAAGAGCUUCAAAGAGCUUAUACUCGUGCUGCUCCAGUUGUUCAAAAAGAAGAAAAUGGAAUUGCCCCAAGAUUCUUUAUCAGAGCUUUGACCGAAUUAGAUGAUUGGGUUACUGGGGCAUGGAAUGAUAGGGAUAGUAGAAAGGCCUUGUCUAAAGGUAACAGCAAGGCGUUAACUUCAUUGAGACAAAAGUUGAGGAAGUAUACGAAAGACUUUGAAGCUGAGAUAUCCAAGUUCAGAGAAAAUCCUGAUUUACCAGAUGAUGAUAAUGAGCGUAAAGAUACAUCUUCUUCGGAUGAGUCGGACGAUGAAGAUAAAGUUAAAGAAAAACCGAAAGUCUCGCGCUCGCCGGAAGCGCCUCGUAGGCCUCCACCCCAAGAUGAUGAUUCUUCUGACUCUAUGGACUGGGGAUCUAGUUCCUCAGAUUCUAGUUCAAGUUCUGAUGAUGAAACUCGUGGAACUACAACUUUAAGAGAAAGAUUUUUGAAGCGUACAACUGAGAGAGAUGAUGAUGAAGAAAGGGAUAGACGCAGAAAUAGGCGUGAAAGACGCGAUCGUGCUGGUAAAGUUAGUAAGAAAGAUCAAGCAGACGAUGGAGGCGAAUGGGAGACCGUAAGAAAAGGAGCUGCAACAUCUGAUAAGCCCAAGAUGUUUGCUAAGGAUAGUGAUAUAGAUGCUGCUCUCGUUGUAAAGAAGUUAGGUGAGAUUAGUGCAGCACGUGGUCGUAAAAGAACGGACCGUCGUGCACAACUCGAGCUCCUUCACGAACUGCGUACUGUUGCGCAGCAGCACAAUCUUGGAGACGCUCUUCAACUUAAGUUGCGCGCUGCUACUGUUGCAGCACUAUUUGAUUACAAUCCAAAAGUUUCUGAUGCAAUGAAGCCAGAGUAUUGGUCUCGUCUUGUCGAGAAUGUCGACCACAUGGUUACUCUCUUACUUGCUCACGAUGACAUGAUUCUCAGUGAAAAUAUCACUGAAGACAACGAGCAACUUGUUACUCCUCCAUAUAAAGUGCGUGGUUGUCUUCUCAUAGCCUUAGAACGUUUGGAUGACGAAUUUACAAAACUAUUAAAAGAAUGUGAUCCUCACUCAAAUGAAUAUGUGGAGAGGUUGAAGGAUGAAGUGAGAGUCUCGGCUCUCAUUGAACGUGUAUGCCAAGUGGUGGAACGUGAUGGGACACCUCAAGAAAUCUGUCGCGCAUAUCUGCGCAAAAUCGAUCAUUUAUAUUAUAAAUUCGAUACACGUGCUAUGAAAAAAGAUCAGCAACCAGGCGAAGAAACCAGUAUUAAGAAGAUGGAGCGUCUAUGCAAAUACAUUUAUGCCAAUGACGACACCGAUCGCUUGAGAACUCGAGCGAUUCUGUCGCAUAUUUACCACCACGCUUUGCAUGACAACUGGUUCCAAGCUAGAGACCUUUUGCUUAUGUCUCAUCUUCAAGAAAAUGUACAACAUUCUGAUCCAAGCACGCAGAUCUUGUACAAUCGUACAAUGGCUAAUUUGGGUUUAUGCGCAUUCCGACGUGGUAACGUUAAGGAGGCUCACGGCUGUCUAGCAGAGUUAAUGAUGACGGGAAAACCUAAGGAACUACUAGCCCAAGGGCUUUUACCUCAACGUCAACACGAACGCUCAAAGGAACAAGAAAAAAUAGAGAAACAACGCCAAAUGCCCUUCCACAUGCACAUUAACCUCGAGCUUCUUGAAUGCGUCUAUUUGGUAUCGGCUAUGCUGAUUGAAAUCCCCUACAUGGCGGCCCACGAAUUUGAUGCUAGACGCCGAAUGAUAAGUAAGACCUUCUACCAAAAUUUACGUGCCAGUGAGCGUCAAGCUCUCGUCGGCCCUCCAGAGUCUAUGCGUGAACAUGCCGUAGCCGCCGCUAGAGCAAUGCGACGUGGAGAUUGGCGUGCCUGCCUUAACUUCAUUGUUAAUGAGAAGAUGAAUGCGAAGGUUUGGGAUCUGAUGGUUGGCGCUGAUAACGUACGAGCUAUGCUGGGUCGUCUCAUUCGAGAAGAAUCGCUACGAACUUAUCUUUUUACAUAUUCGCAUGUGUACGCAUCCUUAUCGCUUCGCUCUCUAGCAGACAUGUUUGAGUUGCCUAGACAACGGGUCCACUCACUUGUGUCUAAGAUGAUUAUCAAUGAGGAGUUGCUAGCUUCAUUAGACGAUCCUAGCGAAUGUGCUAUUCUACAUCGUUCCGAGCCUACGAGAAUGCAAGCUCUAGCGCUGCAACUUGCCGAUAAGGUGGCAAAUCUUGUGGAUUCGAACGAGCGUAUCUUCGAGAAGCAGGGGUCGUUCUUCCAGCGGGGCGGAGCUCCCCGGGGGGAAGGGCGACAGCGGGAGCGGCCGCGCGACGGUUGGGGGCGUCGCCAGCGCAACCGCCGUCGCGACGACGAACGUGGACACGAAGACUAAGUUUACAUGGAACUUCUUACGUCACCAAUGACUACCGGAAUAUGUGGAAGAGAAAACGCCUGCAAUGUCUACCUAUUAUUUUUCCCCAGAAAAGACGAUCAAAUGAAUUUGGAUGCUGUCACCCGGAAAUAAAAACUAACCAUUCUAUUGAAAUAGAAACCAAUGUUGUAGAAAAUCAAACUAGUUCUCUUAACGACUCCGUCAUAAAACCUGAUGUAAAUACUAAAAUGGUCGAGGAAUUGUCAGUUAUGACAUUCAAAACAAAAAAUUUAUCUACAGCUGUAUUCAAUCCUACUGCAAAUUAUUUUCGUGGUGAUUGCGAAUCGUCUUACUUUUAUUUUGAAUAUUCGUCGUUGUAUGACAGUAAGAAAAUCCAACAUAUAAAUAUUAUUGCAAAUUUUUUCUUUAAAGGAUAAUAGCGCUCUUCCGGAUUGCUUUGGUUGCAAAAAUACACAAAAAUAUUUCGUUAAAAUUUCAUAUGUAUAAAACAUUUCUUCUUCAAUUCUAAAAUUUUCCGCUGUUUAAACUAUUUGUUGUUAUAAUCAGUACAAAUUGGUGAAGUAAAUAAUUUUUAAGAAAUUAUGAUUUAUAAGAAAUAUUUGUUGUUGUAUGACACAUCUUUUGCAGUACGGAAGAGCGCUAAGUACUGAAAUAAAUGUUUGUACAAUUUUUCAAGUUCUCGACAUAUAGUCCAGAAUGGAAAAAUAUGUUUAAAAUAAUCAUUUUUGAUAAUAAUAUGUAUAUUAUAAAAGUAUGUAUCUCAA